UAGGAACUAAAGGCAUUUAAUAUUUCAUCUUUGCUCUAUGUUUGCCAUUACCAUUCAAGGAAUUGGAAUGUUAUUCAGAGAGAAAAUUAACGGUUGAAUAGAUGCUAAUUUGACGGAGUGUCAACAACACAUUUGUUGAAAAUAAUAAUAGUUUGUACGACUGUAAAUAGCGAUAGAAUUGAAAUUAACCGAACACCAUGGGACUGCCACGGAUGAAAACAUUGGUAAAUACCGCAAUUGGAAUCGCCUUUGCUGGAGUCAGCGGUAUUAUGUAUUUGCAAUUGAAACAACUAGAUGAUAUCGCCAAUUCGGAUUACUUUAAAGAAGCGUUCAAAAUAUUACGAACUCAUCAUGGUGCAAUCAGUUUGUUAGGUGAGCCGAUCAAACAGAAGGGCUUUCGGCUUAGCGAUACAAAGAAUUUUCUAACAUCAGAACAGGCACAGUUUCAAGUGAAUGUAGAGGGGCCCAACGACCAAGGAAAAAUGCACUUGUGGGCGAUACCGAAAGCAAACGACGAUACCAACUGGUCAAUAACACGAAUUGAAUUAGAACUCGACAAACACCCGGAAAAAAGGCUUUUGAUCAAAGAUGGGCCGAAGCCGCAGGAAGCUUCUGCCCAAUAGAUCUCGUUCACAUUGAUUAGUUUGUGCAUAAAAAUUGUCGCAAUGCAAUAAAUUCGAUGAAUAAAUACAAAUCAUUCGCAU